AUGUCGGGAGAGUUCAAACGGUGCCUGAGAGAACUCUUCACCGUUCGGUGGAAGGCCACUCCAAAGAAUGCUGAUGGAAGUAAAGCAUGUCGUCUUCAUCUAAACAUUGGCCAUGACACCGAAGAGUGUAACAUAGUAAAAGAUGAGAUAGAAAGACUCAUCCGUUCAGGGUACCUCCAAAAAUACAUAAAGGAGAGAACAUCCACCAGAGCAGCAACCCCAGCAGGAAGGAAACCUUGCGGAGAAGUCCCGAACGAUCGCCUCAUAGGGACGACCGACGAAGACGACGAUCCCGGAGCCAACCCCGACACCCAGAAAGAGAGAGAUCGACAACCUCGAUCCAUGCCCAACAUCACUUUUACAGAUGCAAACUUCCACGCUCCUGGCCCUGAUCACGAUGACCCCAUGGUCAUCACCGUUGAGAUAGCCCGUUACGAUGUCAGGAAAGUGCUCAUUGAUCAAGGCAGCUCAGUCAAUAUCUUGUACUGA